AUGACGCUGUGCACCUGCGACAGGGUCGUGAAGGUCGACCAACUCACUGUUACUACAGCUUUGAGACAGUUAGCUGCAGAGACCGGAGAAGAGGGGAAAUAUCCCGGAAACCUUGAACGGCUAAAAACUCGAACCAGCAAACACUCUAAGGGCAGGUAAGGUAUCCAUGAGGAAAGGUAAGCAAAAUGGCGAUCUGCUGCAGCCAUAAGUCCAGGUAUGCAAAUCACUAGACCAACAAUGGUAAUGAGGAAAUCAUGCCACUCCCACAACUACAGGCCCAGCCUUCCAUAUAGGAUAUAAGUAUAUAUAAUUUACUUUUACACGGUUUUUAAACUCUAUUAAACUUUGUUUUAGGCAUCAGGGUCACUGCCUGUCAUUCCAGGCAGGCCCCCUGCAGGCACUGAUGUGGAGGGCUAUUCCGUCCAUGUGAUCGCAACGUCAUUGCGAUCACAUGGCCUGGGAGGGCCUGAUCAGCCGCAGGGGCACUGCCUGGGAUGCCAGGCAUUUCCCCAAUCGUGAUCGCUGGUGGGGGAUCGGCGGCGAGCAGGUAAGUGGGAAGGACGGCAGGAACUUACUAUGCCGCCCGUCUGCGUUUAGGACUGGGUCCCCAAGGACGGCAUAGUACACCCCCCAUCAUUAGGGGUUAAUCAAAGGCAUUUGAUUAGCAGCACCUGUCUGCUACUUAUUAUUAUGUUAUUAUUUAUAUAGCGCCAACAAGUUCUGCAGCGCUUUACAGUGGAUGGAUGAACAAACAUGUAGUUGUAACCAGACAAGUUGGACACACAGGAACAGAGGGGUUGAGGGCCUUGCUAGAGGGAGUGGUGUAAAGUGACACAAAAGGUAAGGACUAAUGACAGUUGCAAGAGAGGAAUCAGUCGGGAGCUAUUAACAGUUUAACUGAUACGCUUUUAUGAAGUGGGUUUCUAAUUACUUUUUGAAGUAUUGGAGACUGGGUAAGCAUCUAAUGGUGGAGGGAAGUGAGUUCCAGAGGAACGGUGCAGCCCACGAGAAGUCUUAAAGGUGAGCAUCAGAGGUGGGAGUGUGGAAUGGACCAGCACCUUAUUUGCAUCUAGUGUUAAGUAGGGUCGGAUGUGCGCAAUGUUUUUGAGAUGGAAGUGGCAGGAUUUGGCGAUCGACUGAACAUGAGGCAUGAAGGAGAGGUCGGAGUCAAAGAGGCAUGGUGGAGCUGAUGGUAGCACCGUUGACUUGGAAGGACACAGACACAGGAGUAGCAACACUUGAGGGAGGAAAGACCAAAAUUUCAGUUUUGGUCAACUUGAGUUUAAGGAAGUGGGCAAACAUCCAGUUAGAAAUAGCAGAGAGGCAGUCAGAGACACUAGUCAAGAGGGACGGGGAAUGAUCAGGAGAGGACUGAUAGAUAUGGGUGUCAUCCGCAUAGAAAUUAUAUUGGAAGCCAAAGGAGCUAAUGAGUUUACCACGGGAGGCACUAUAGAUAGAGAACAGUAGGGGACCAAGGACUGAACCUUGGGGGACACCAACAGAAAGGAGUUAGGGAGAAGAAGCAGAGCCAGAGAAAGAAACACUGAAAGAGCGCUGGGAGAGGUAGGAGAAUUCCAGUGGAAGCAGUAAGGGUGUACUUAGUGUUUCACACAUGGCUUCUCCAUUUUGGCUUUAUUUUUGUUAAAUAAAUCAUAACACGGUGUAAUAUGUCAUGUGUUAUUGUUCAUCUGAGGUUGUAUUUACCUAAUUGUAAGACCUGCUAAGGAACAGAUGAUUGUUAUUAUGUCCUGACAGGGCCAUCUUUAACACGGGGCAAACGAAGCAGCUGCCCCGGGCCCAGUUACUCCUGGGGGGCCCAAAGCAGCCCUCUAUCCACGACAAUUUAUUUUAUGAUCACCAAUCCUAAAAUAAAUUGUUGCAGACAGCAGGCACGCACACUGAGGGUGCAGCGGGGGUGGAGGGUCAAGUCCCCUUCCUUGAGCCAGCAGGGAUAACAAAAGAUCCAGUGAGCUUCUGGGGCUGCUGUACUCCCACGCGGUUCCGGGCAGCCAAUCAACAAGCGUUUGACUCGUGUGUCCUUAGAAGCCAUCACAGCCAUGCCUACUAAUGGCAUGGCUGUGAUUGGCCAGUGCAGCAUGUGACCCAGCCUCUAUAUAUAAGCUGGAGUCGCGUAGCACCACACGCGCUACGCGACUCCAGCUUAUAUAUAGAGGCUGGGUCACAGGGAGAGGAUGCUGCCGCUGUGAGGGACAGCUUAGGAAAGAAUUCUGCAAACUAGUACAUUAGUGGGGUGCACUUCAUAUCUGAGAGACAAAUAGAAGCAUCAAAUACUGCUGUCACAUUUCAGUUUUAAAACUUAAAAUUUUUUGGGAUGCUAAACUGCUAAAUAGUAUUUUAGUGGGGUGCACUUCAUAUCUGAGAGUCAAAUAGAAGCAUCAAAUAGUGCACUUACAGCACAGUUGUAAACAUUCUAAUUGUUUUGGUGCUAAACUGAUAUAUAGUACAUUUUGGGGCCUGCUCUUCAUAUCUGAGAGUCAAAUCAAAGCGUCUAAUAGUGCGCUUACAGCGCAGUUGUAAACAUUCUUAUUUUCUGGAUGCUAAUCUGCUAAAUAGUACAUUUUGGGGCCUGCUCUUCAUAUCUGAGAGUCAAAUCAAAGCAUCUAACAGUGCGCUUACAGUGCAGUUGUAAACAUCUAAUUUUCUGGGUGCUAAUCUGCCAAAUAGUACAUUUUGGGGCGUGCACUUCAUAUCUGAGAGUCAAAUAGAAGCGUCUAAUAGUGCGCUUACAGCGCAGUUGUAAACAUUCUAAUUGUUUUGCUGCUAAUCUGCUAAAUAGUACAUUUUGUGGCCUGCUCUUCAUAUCUGAGAGUCAAAUCGAAGAGUAACUUUGAUUCGAAUUUACUACAUUGGUCACUUGUAAUAUUGUUUCACACCUACAACACUUGUUACACAGAUCUAAGUGAUAGAAAACAGACUGAUAUUUUCUAAACUAGAAACUACCAGAUAACAAGCUGCUAUAUUUAAACCCAUUAUCAAUAGCUAAGAGGUACUUAAACAAUAUGUUAAUUCUAGGGCAAUACCCUCACAAGUCAAACUGAGAGGUAAGUUUAUAGGGAAAACUGUUGCCUGGAUACAAUUCUAAAAUAAUUUCCAUAUGUCCUUUGCAGACUUUACAUGCUGGAAAAACACAGGUGCCAACUGCUGUGGCUUUCUGCAGUGUGCAUACCGGCAAGGAGGGCAGGGUUGAGGAGUGGGUGGAAUAUGAUGUGGAGGAUGAUGAGGUCCUAAACCCAACAUGAAAUCAAGGUCAUGCGAGUGCAGUUUGGAGGAAGAGGCGCUGGUCGCACAGAGGCACUGGCACAGCAUAAGAGGGAGCAGGGUGCAAAAGCAGAGCGGCUGUCCCCUAGCAUUCGUCAGCAUGUAUUAUCUUUAGAAUUCCCACAGUUAUCCAAGUAACAGUUGAAGCGAUAAAAAGAACCAUAACAGAUUUAACAAGCAAUUCGCAGUUACGCAGUGCGGUGACCGGGACCCAGACACUGUCUGGGCGGCGGUCGGACGACCCGGACCCAGUAUACCUGAUCUAGAAGUUAGGAGUCACAGUGUGGAAUGGAUUAGCAGGGUCUGGUGCAGGGUAACCGCACGCCCCUUUGUGUUCAGCACUAGCGUUUUGCAGCCACAUACCAGGAACCUGAUGCAGCUUCAGUAAAAAGAGUACUGGAUACCAGGAGCCAUCACCAGACUGAUCCACAACUUGGAACAGGAUGUGACAUUCACUGUAGUGGCUGUGCGCCUUUCGGCGUUCUCACCUUGCUGCUACUCGCCUGUCUGCGCUGCGGCCUAAGUUUGGCCUUCCAGCUCACUGCCUCAUAUGCAAUGUGCCCACAAGGUGGAACUCCACCUUGCAUAUGCUGGAGAGACUGUUUGAGCAGCAGCAGGUGAUAGUGGAGUUUCAGCUGCAGCACGCACGGGUCAGUGGCUCUGCACCAGACUUCCCUCAAAUUGAUCAGAGUUAAAGGAUUUCAAGUGGACUCAUUACAAUUACAGGGCCUUUAAAGAGUUCUGUAUUGUUAUUUGUCGUCACUACCUUCCCGCAUCGGGAGUGGGUCAUUUGUGCGCCUGCUGCCUUCCUUGUAUGUGGUAGCCAUUUGUCAGGGUCCAUGUACGGAAUCGAACCCUGAUUCCCAGUUACCCGUAGUCCCCAUGAUAGUUGCAGUCAAUGGCAUCGAAAGUUGAUUUGGAUUGACAUACGAAUGCGUCAUCGCCUUCUCGUUGUGGAGCACAUUGAAAAAGUGCUCUAGCAUGACGAGCUGGGUGAUCUCCUCUGGGAACUUGGCUUGAUGGGAGUUGAGCCAGUUCUGGGUGGCCCUUGUGAUGCCACAGUGUAUACCCAGAUAUAUCAGAGCUACUGCAGAAAGUGCAGGCCUUCUGUGAGCGCUUUUGGCGUUCUCACCCUGCUGCUGCUCACCUGUCGGUGCUGCAGUGUAACUUCGGCCUUCCCGCUCACCACCUCAUGAGACUGUGCGAGCAGCAGCAGACGAUAGUGGAGUUUCAGAUGCAGCACACACGGGUCAGUCGCUCUGCGGAACAGUUUUCUCUUUUUUAUAUGUCCCAAUAUUUUGGGGGCUACCCCAAUUAAAAUAAAAAAUAAAUAUAUAUAUGUGUAUAUGUGUAGGUGGAAGCAGCGCUGGAGGAGGAAGAGGUAGCAAACACUGUUUAUAUAUAUAUAUAUAUAAACAGUGUUUGCUACCUCUUCCUCCUCCAGCGCUGCUUCCUUCACAAGCCUCUGCUAUUGUGUACAUAGUUUAUACUAAAUGACCGAUAGGUUGAGGAGGCGGUGACCGUGGCGGUGUAGGUGGAAGCAGCGCUGGAGGAGGAAGAGGUAGCAAACACUGUUUAUAUAUAUAUAUAGAUGGGGUACAUUGACGUUGUGGCAGGCUUAUGCAAUGUAUGAUCAUAUAAUGUAACUAAACCCCCAUUAUUUUUGCCUAGAUUAGGUGUUUUUAAAAAAACUAAUAAAAUCUUUCAACUUUGAAGUUGCUGUUUAGUGGAUAGGUGAGUGCGCUGGAUCUUGUGUUUUGUAUUAUUUGGCCCCCAGCAGCACCCCCAUUUAUGCAUGUUCAGGUGAGUGCAGCCAACCCCCCUUGUUUCAUAUGUAUAUAUUUGGGAGUCUAGCCAACUCCUUGGUUUUGCACCCCUCCCUGUCACAGGUGCCUCAUCCCAGGGCCCUAUUUAGCCUUGUACUGCAGAGAGCCCCAGAUGGAAUUUUUUCCUCAAGUGAGUGGUUAAUCUCAUAAGAGCAGACAUUAGGCUGUUAGUGUAGGACCUGCCAAAGAUGGGGUACAUUGACGUUGUGGCAGGCUUAUGCAAUGUAUGAUCAUAUAAUGUAACUAAACCCACAUUAUUUUUGCCUAGAUUAGGUGUUUUUAAAAAAACUAAUAAAAUCUUUCAACUUUGAAGUUGCUGUUUAGUGGAUAGGUGAGUGCGCUGGAUCUUGUGUUUUAUAUAUAUAUAUAUAUAUAUAUAUAUAUAUAUAUAAAGAGUGUUUGCUACCUCUUCCUCCUCCAGCGCUGCUUCCACCUACACCGCCACGGUCACCGCCUCCUCAACCUAUCGGUCAUUUAGUAUAAACUAUGUACACAAUAGCAGAGGCUUGUGAAGGCCUUUUCUCCAUGUAUCAGGAGUUGAGCUCAGUUUGAACAAUGAAAGAGAAUACCCUGCACUCCAACCCUCUCUCAAAUGGAUAAUUCUGGUGAUCCUCCUAACAGCCAUGCUUUAGAUUUUGAUUUAUGUUCUUCCAAAGCUAAAAUCAAAGAUUCCAUCUAGUGCUAUUUUAUGGCUCAGCUGUAUUUUUAAUUUUAAUUUUAUUUUAAGUGAUUUCCCUAUCCACAUUUAUUUGCAAGGCACUUGUCCUACUCUUACCCACAUUUUACUUCCUUUUGCAGCCCUCUAGCCCUUUCCAGGACUUUUUUAGAGGCAUUUUUGUGCCCAAAAGUUCAGGUCCCCAUUGACUUCAAUGGGGUUCAGGGUCAAGUUUGGGGUCAAGUUCGAUCACGAACCUGGAGUUUUUUUUCAAAGUUCGGCCUGACCCGAACAUCCAGGUGUCCGCUCAACUCUUUAAGUGACAAAAAAUGUUUUUAACCCUUUCAUCACUAUGGGAAAGGGGGCUUUAUAGUGAUACUACAGUGCUAGAUACAACUUUGUAUUCUAGCACUAUAGGUCCCGUUUUGUAUCAAUUUUAAUGUGCAGUGUACAUAAGGGUGUAUUGGAGAAAUAGUGUGAUUUUAAAUGUAAACACUUAAGAGCUACUAGAAGUGAUACAUAUUAAAGUGGUGUGUACUGAAUUUCUCAUUUUGCAAUAUUUGUGUGGUAUUUACAGGGAGUACACAUUGUGUUAAAAUGGCAUAUAAUAUAUUUUGCAUAUAUUCAAUUUUUUUUAUAUUAAUAAGUGUGACACUAAAAAAUACACUUGUCAUAUAAAUAGAAAUAUUAUUUAAGGCACCUAAUGUUUUUUGUUUUUUUUAAUGCACCAUCUAUAUGUUAUUUUAUUUUUGAAGGGAGACACUUAUAUAGUAUAGUGGGAUACACUAAGUUGGUAGUUUGUAAGAGCUUGAGAAAUUGAAACUUCUUUUGUCUUUUUUUUUAAUAAAUAGAAAAAUGUUGCCAAUUAUUCUAUUCAAGCUAUAUUUUGCAAGAUGUUUCAGUUCUCUGCAAUUUUGAAUAAAAACAUUAGGACUGUAUCAUAUAACAUGUAUAGGCAGUGGCGGAUCUAACACGCUUGCAGCUGCGACUUGGCCCAUCUCUCCAGGGGGCCCAGCCACCCUGUGGACCCUUGUGACCGAAUUGCCCACCAGCUAUGUAAUGCGGCCCCAGCUCGGGUGGUAUAACCGCCAGGGCAGCGCGUUCAGGGGCCCACCCGAUGCUACAUAUGGGGUGGGGGCCGAGGGCAAUUUUCGCACCAGGGUCAUGUGGUUUCUAGUUAUGCCUCUGUGUAUAGGUAUAUAAAUACAUGAGGAUUUAUUCACUAUAUUGUAGUGAACAGAAAUCUGAAUUUAAAAAUGCUGUCAAAAAUGGCUAAUUUGGAAAAAUUCUUAAACUCAACCAUAGUCACAGCUUGUCUAGUGUGUGAACCUCUUAGAUUGUAGGAAUUGAAGGCAAAACCUUUAUGAAGUACAGCCAUAAAUCGUUUUUUUUUUUUUUUUCUCAUUUAUUAAACUAUCUUCCACCAAUCAAGAAAAUAUUUAUUCACAGGCAAACAUACGCUGACAUCUACGAAGUAAUCAUGAUCCCACUCUACCAGUAUGGGAGCAAUUCACAUGAGCUUUGUGCUCUAUACGUGUUUAUUGUAAAUGCAUCUGCUACAAAA